AUGAAGUGGCUUUUUGCUUUCCUUCCCUUGGCUGCUGCUGCUCCAGCUCUCCCUACGUUUGAAGCUGACAAUGGCCCCCCACCUGGAACGGUCAAAAUCAAGAGCGUCGGCUACGGAGGUACCGGAUGCCCCCAGGGCACUGUGAGCUCCACCAUCCUGGGCCACCGAGACACGGUAACUCUCAUCUUCGACGAGUACGUCGCGUCCAUAGGCCCAGGUAUCGCUGUGACGGAGCAGCGCAAGAACUGCCAGCUCAACAUUGCCCUUGACUACCCUGGUGGUUUUCAAUACUCUAUUCUCUCCGCCGACUACCGCGGCUACGCUUCUAUCCAAAAGGGCGUCCAAGGUACCUUGAAGUCGACAUACUACUUCUCCGGCCAGACCGAUCAGACCAGCACGGCCUACACCUUUGAGGGACCCAUCACCCAGGACUACCUCAAGCAUGACGAAGCCGACAGCACAUCGGUAGUCUGGUCCCCUUGCGGCCAAGCCGGUGUCCUCAACAUCAACUCGCAGGUCCGCCUGACGAGCUCCAACCCGGCUGCCACCGGUCUCCUGACCACCGAUUCUACCGACCUCAAGUUCACACAAGUCGUAGUCCCUGGGAGUUCAAAGUGGAGCAGCUACAAUGGAGAAAGUGUCUAUGAUGACGAGUAUUGCUCAUCUUCAGCUAUCCUACCAUCACCCAUUUUUCGGUUUUUGGGCCAGCGCUAG